GCCAGUACCUCUGAUCCUCGUGGGCUCAGUCAGCUCAGAUGGAGGCUGCUUGGUUGGCCCAGUUAAAAAAAAAAAAUAGCUGUAAAUUCAUAACUGCCUUCUUUCACAUUGAGUCUUAAAGCCGAAUGAGGAGGAAGAGAUGGAUGCUUGCUCGAUAAUAGGAGAAAGCACGGAUGCGAUAGUGAUGGAUGAUUCUCCCACAGAUGAAAGGGAAAUUCAGGAGGCUUGCCAGAGUGACAUCCCAGUGGUGUCUCUCUGCCCUCCUGACAGUGACUGUGCUACUGAGGCCCAGCUGACAGUCAUCCAGACUGAAGGGGAGCUGUGUGACAGCUGCAGCAGCCUUGGCAGACCCUCUUCCUCCUGCCAGCUUUAUCACCAAGUCCCCCACUGUCCUCAAUCUGUGGCCUACGAUUCACUACAGUCUGGAAAAUGUUCCCACUGCAGCCAUUACGGGCCAAUCAAACCAAACACAUGCCACGGCUGUCAUUCAAACUCAACAGGUCCUCACUCUGAGGGAGGUAUAGUGGCGAAAGUGGGACAUAGUUGUAGUUCUGCUCAUCAGACAACUUGUCGCGGUGCGGUGAGAUGUCAUUGGCUUUACGGGUCGAAUGAGAGCGGCACACAGAAACCGACACAGCGACACGUCACUGUCAGGGAUGGAGGGUUUUACUGCAUCCUUAGAAUUUAUUCCCAUGUGAUAGUGGACCACACGUUAGCAGUGUUGCUGGGUUGUGCCGUGCUGCUCCUGGGGUGCUCACUGGCCGGACUCUUCAUUGGUCCCCUGCCAGACUUCUCUGACCCGCUUCUGGGCUUUGAGCCACGGGGAACAUACAUUGGAGUUCGCCAGUCCAGCUUGUCUGAGCUGCAGAAGAAUACUGGCCCAGGGAAAACUCUGUCUCCCUUACCACAGCAGCUCAGCAAAGGUUUUGGAGGUGCGGCCAGCAGAGACAGCAGCAGCAGUCAGGACUCCUCCAGGCUUCGGAUUAAAAGGAUGCUGGCUAGAGAUUCAUCUCCAGACACCUUCCUAUGUGAUGCUCCAGGCGAGCGUUUGGCCCAGUUGGUGUUUCGAUCAGAAAACUCAGCCAGUCUCUGGAGUCUGAAGGCUAUCCAUGCCAUGUGUGAGAUGGAGCAAUCCAGGAUUCGUUCCCAGGCUCAGUUCCAGGACCUGUGCCAACAGCAUGUGAGGGGAGAGACUGAAGAAGUUUCCAGAAGCGGCUGUUGUCCGAGCUGGUCUCUGGGGAAUUACUUGGCUGUCCUCACUAAUGCCUCCUGCUGCCUCAGCCUCACCUCACACCAGGUGUCUGAGUCUCUGAACCUUCUCCGCAAAUGUGCUCCGUAUUAUCAUGAUGGACAUCUAGUGGAAGCCUGCGUUGAGAGACCCAAACACGGCAGCUGUUCCUCUGUCCCUUUGCGCUGUAAACAAUCCCACAUAGUGUUCCAAAUCCUGCACUUCCUGGUUGAUAAAGACUUCCUCGGCCCACAGACUGUUGAAUACCAAAUCCCUACGCUGAAGUACAGCCUUCUGUUCUUACCCAUCGACAAAGGAGAACACAUGAUGGAAAUGUACAUGAACAGUCUCGAGGGCAAGGAUCUGACAUAUAACAAUACGACUAUCACUGGCAUAGACUUUGGCAUCAAGCAGACACUGUUCAAAUAUUACCUGGCAAGAGAUUCUGUCUACCCUGUCCUUGCUGUUGUGUCUCUUCUUUUAACUAUGGCUCUUUAUCUCCACUCUCUCUUCAUAGUAGCAUUAUCUGCAUUAGCAAUCACAGGCUCCCUCCUGACAUCCUAUUUCUUCUACAAAGUAGCUUUUCACCUGACUUUUUUCCCCCUGGUCAACCUCUUAGCAGCUCUUAUUCUCCUGGGUAGCUGCUCCAAUCAGGUUUUCAUCUUUGCUGAUUUCUGGAACCUGCAGCUAUCACAGAAUCCCUCAGCUGCCUUGGAAAAGAGAGUAAACAGAGCUUUGCAGGAAGUGGGCUAUUUGAUUUUAGCGUCAGGGCUGACGUCCAGUGCAGCAUUUUUCUCUGGUUAUCUCAGCAGCAUCACAACAAUCAGAUGCUUCUCUGUUUACCUAGGAACUGCCUCUUUUAUCAGCUCAAUCUUGGCAUUAGUGUGGCUUCCAUGCUCUUUCAUACUGCUUGAGCGCUACACACAAGCAUCCUCUACGUCUGUAGCGGUGCAGGGAUGGAAACCAUGCUGCUCCAAGAACACUGGCGGCUUUUGGGAUACAAGCUCUCGCAAGAGAUGCCUCUUCAGUCUUGGGCAGAAGCUAAGAGAAUUAAAGAGAGGUCUCACAGACACUUCCAACUUAUUGUUUAUGAAAAUCCUGCCUUGCGGUGUGGUGAAGUUUAGGUACAUUUGGGUGUGCUGGUUUGCAGUGCUUGCCGCUGGAGGCACGUACAUGUCCUGCAUUGACCCGGGCAUGAAGCUGCCCACCUUAGACAGCAGGGUAGCCCAGCUAUUCCGCUCCAGUCACCCAUUUGAAAGAUAUGACGCAGAGUAUCGUCACAUGUUUAUGUUUGAGAGACAGAGGAAUGGAGAGGAUAAACCUGUUACAUUGAUGCUUGUUUGGGGUGUCAAACCAACUGAUAACGGAGAUCACUUUAACCCAGAGAGCAAUGGGUCUUUGGUUCUUGACCCAGACUUUAACAUGAGCCGGCCAGACGCUCAGAUUUGGUUGCGGGACUUGUGUGGACGGGUUCAGAACCAAAGCUUUUAUUCCCUGCCAUCACAGGGGGAUAAAGAUAUUAUGACAGACAAUAUCUGUCUUGUGGAGCAGCUAAUACACUGGGUAGCACUCAGACGGUGCUCAGAGAGUGAUGACUCCAUCCAUUUUUGCUGUAAUGACAUCCCUUUCCCCUACCCUCCCAGCGUUUUUGAGAACUGCCUCAGUAUGAUGCUGGCGGAGAGGUAUGCCGAGGGCCAUCUGGCCCACAGCGGAGGCCUGUACUUCAAGCCAGAUGGCAGGGUCGCUGCCCUCGUGUUGGCAUUCAAAACCACAUACCUCUACAGCUUCAACUUCAGUAGAACCAGUCUUUCCUACAGAGAAAUCCUGACAUGGUUUAACAGAGAAAUAUCAGGAGCACCACAAGGGCUGGAGAAUGGAUGGUUUAUCAGCCAUCUGUCUCUUUUUGACCUACAGCAGUCUCUGAGCUCAGAGACUCUGGUAGUAGCUGGCUUCUCAGUAGCUCUCACAUUUGCUUUGCUUCUCUUAACCACCUGGAAUAUUCCACUGAGCAUAUAUGGGACUGCAGCUGUAGGGGGCAGUGUUUUUGUCACAGUCGGCCUCCUUGUUCUUCUUGAAUGGCAGCUAAGUGGCAUCGAAGCUCUGUUCAUAUCAUCAGCAGCAGGGUUGUCUGUUGACUUUAUUGCUAACUACUGCAUAGCCUACAGCUUGGCUCCUCAUUCAGACAAAAUUGGGAAAGUAGCACACUCCACUAAAAGGAUGGGAUGUCCUGUGGCAAUAGUUUCUGGUGCAUUUUUCUCCAUGGGGAUCCUCAUGUUGCCUGCCACUGCCUUGUUGUUCAGAAAAAUGGGAAUUUUCCUGUUUUUGGUGAAAUGUGUAGCAUGUGGAUUUGCAACCUUCUUUUUUCAGUCCCUAUGCUGCUUCUUUGGACCCCAGAAAAACUGUGGAAAGAUCACGCUGCCGUGUUUUUCAGAUCACACCGAUGGCGCACUGUCCUCUUGCUCUGCAGCGGAGCCCGGUUCCUCUCCAGCCUCGGCUGCUAACGGGGCCUUUGGCAGAUCUCGAGUGAGAAGGAGUUAUGACAAAGAGGCAGGUGGCUAUCUCUACCCCAACCAUCACCGUCAUCAGAGGCAGAAACAGACUGGAGCAGGAGGGGGCCAAGGGCCAGAACAGUAUGAGCUGCAGCCAUUGGCCUAUCGACUAAGCGACAGUUUUGAAAACAGCACCUGCACCAGUAAGCUUUCAAACCGGCCGUCUGUACUCUCUGAUGAGAUUGAGUGCUGUGGAAAAGAUGUGGGCAGGAAUAGCAUGGAUGUGAACAGUGAGGAGAUGUGCAGCCAUCAGCAUAAGAUCUGCCAACCACCUCCAGCACUCCAAACCUCAUCUCCAUACAAAGAAAACACCCUGCAGCCCGUAAGACUGGCACAAGAGGACAUAGCUAAGGACAAGCUGCUGUGCAAAACAUGUAGAGAUCAGUCUGGUGGGGUGAAACGCUGGAGCAAUACAUCCUUCUCCUCAUCUUCCAGCUUAGAGGAGACCAUCAUCAGCCAGACGCUGGAGACCACUGAUCAGCCAUGUCAUUGCAAAGAUGGACAAACAACAGAGGAGAGCCUCCAUCACCAUCACCACACCAAUAAAGGGCAGCUCUCCUUCCAGUCUCAGAGCUCCUGCGAGGGUCUGGACGACUCUAACGAAACGUGCCUGAGUGACAUUGAACCUGGGCCUUCAAACACACAGCAAAAUGAAGGAGAAGAGGAAGGAGAGAUUCAGUUACAACCAGGACAUCUGAACGGGAAGAGAGAUACACUUCGUCUCUCACUGAAAGAAACAGUUUAUGAGACGUGCAGUAAAGGCCGCAACAGUCAAAGUGAGGAAGUUGUCAUUUUACCCAACAGUAGGCCAGACCUGCCAGAUGUCUGGAUAAAGAGAGAUGGACAACGGGAGGAUACAUGUUGAGCAAAGCUGGAGGAAUCUGUGCAAACACUGUGCAUUAACUGCUCUGAAUUUAUGAAAAAAAAAGGAAUCCCUGAGCUUAGACAAGCAUAUAGAAACUAUAAAAAGAUUUAAAAAUAUAUAAAAAAAAGAUAUAAAAAAUUUUUGCAUAGUACUCAAAGGAAUUACAAGCCAACUGCAAAUUUAACACGUGACAGCAUGGUUGUCUAAUGUUGCUGCUAAGGUUGUAUUACAAAUGAGUGAGGUCAGAGCAUGAGUGUUUCUUCAGCCAAAGGUCAAAUCAAAGCAUGACUUUCAUAGCCCGACAUUUUCAGACCGAAGAUGAUGAAGAAAGCUUAUUUUUCAGCCAUAAGCUUGCACCAAAAUCACACUUUUAGAACUACAGUUAGUGUGUUAAUGUGUGUGAUCAACACAAAAAUCAACUGCUGCAGAAUUUACUUUGUGCCUAGGACGUUUUAUCACCUACACAGGUUAUAUUAACAGCCGCUGGCAUUUCUUCAUGCUGGAAUUGACCUUAAUGAGCCAUAUACAUUCAUGGACUUCUGAAUAAUAAAAGAUAAAUGUGAGAUAUGCAGAGAAAGAGCUACAGUGAGUAGCAAACAACUGUCACCAAGCCACAGUCAUUUGGUUUCAGGCUUUGUGGCGAGAAUAUGUACAGUAUGUCCUUUGUGUCCACGUUGUAGAAAACCAGAAACCUAAAGUUAGGAACGUGUCAUUGUAGUUUCAUGGCUUGUUUGCAUUCAGUGUUUCAAGGUCAAAUUCAAAGUCAUGCUGUUUAUUCCAGUGUCAGUGCCAAAAACGCGUAUGUUAUUUACCGCACGAAAAGGCAAAAAUACGGACAUAACACUAGAUGCAGGUUUUUACACUGCUGAUGAGUUAAGAUGCAUACAAUUUAAGGAACCAUGGGUGCCCGUGUAUGCCUAAACCUUUGAAAAUAAUCAUUUAUUUCUAAAGCAGGAGUUGUACCAUCAUGUGCCACCAGGGCUGCAACUAAUGAUUAUUUUCAUUACUGAUUAAUCUGCCUUUCACAAUUAAUCAAUAAAUCAUUUGGUCCAUAAAAGAAGAAAAAAACUGUAAAUCACACAUCACAUCACAAAAAAGCAGCAAAUCCUUACAUCUCACAGCAAACGUUUGAUAUCGCAGCUUGAAAAAUAACUGAAACAAUCAAUCAUUAAAAUAGUUAAUUAAUUCUACUUAGUCACCUAAUUGUUGCAGCCCUUCAUGCCACAGCUUCAACAGCUCACUGUUUGUAUAUAGACCUCAGUGCAGAACAGAAAGCCUUUACCUUCACCCUAUUCCACAGCUAAGAUUUCAAAUCAGCUGAGUUUAUGUCUGUUACAUUCAAAUAUAAUAUUUAUGACACGAUCAGCAUGUGCCAAAUGUCUUUAAACAAGUUGUUUCAUAUGAUGAAAUAAAUGAAACUGUGUGUUUUGUGCAAAGGAUGUAUCUUUUAAAUAAGUAAAAUGAGAGAUGUGUCUAAAAUACUGUGACAGUGGUUCACACCUGGACAGGAACAGACUUGUGUCAAAUGUGCCUACGAGCAGCAUAAUCUUCAACCUUUCUCUCUGUUAGAAGUGUUUGCUUUUGACAUCUUGACUGUAUAAUCAUAAUUCUUGAGCCGUCACUUCACAUCACUCUGCAGAAUAACCUGCCUUGGAGAAGAAUGAAAUUAAUCACAGGCUUUGUACAAACAGGAGAAAUUAAAAGGUUGCCGCCACCACCACCAAUG